UCCAAGAUGCAGCAGCAAUCAUCAAAUGCUCCCAGUAGUACUGGGAGUGGUGGCCAGUCUGUGGGGGCUUUCCCAGGACCACCUAUCCCACCAAUGAUGAUGCCUCCACCAUUUCCAGGAAUGCAACCACCACCUGGGCUUCCUCCAGGAUUUAUGAUGGGUCAAGCUCCCCCAAAUUUGCCACCUCCAAACUUAUCACAGCCUCCUCCAGGAAUGCCAAUCCCUCCACCUGGAAUGCCAUUACCUCCACCGAACUUCAGCCAACCUCCCCCAGGAAUGCCACUACCGCCCGGUCUUCCACCUCCCAUGAUCCCACCCACAGGCAUUGUGCCAUCAGGUGUAACCGAGACUGCCGCUACACCUAGUGAGAAAAAGAAACUGUCACCACAGCAAGGAGUAAUUCCUCAGUCACAGAUUACGCCUCCAGUGGCACCAACAACAACAACAACAGCAAACAAGUCAAAGGUCCCAGGUUUUGUUGCUGCAUCGGAGCAAUCCAUGCAAGUGACGUUACCAUCUCCUCAGGUAGCCACAGUGAAACAGUCUGCCACUACUGCUGGAUCAAGUGAUACUUCUCCAGGAACACCAACACAGUCAAAACCUGCAGAGAAAAAGAAGCCAACGUGGACAGAGCAUAAAUCCCCAGAUGGCAGAAUAUAUUGGUAUAAUAAUGGAACAAAACAGUCAACUUGGGAGAAACCAGAUGAACUCAAAACACAUGCAGAGUUGUUACUAUCACAGUGUCCAUGGAAGGAGUACAAGUCAGAUAACGGCAAGGUGUAUUUUCAUAAUGUACAAACAAAGGAAUCAAAGUGGACUAUACCUAAAGAUCUAGAAGAUUUGAAAGCCAAGAUAGAAGCAGAAGGCCUAGACAAAAAAAUGCCUCCAGAACCUGAAGAGCCGGAACCUGAACCAGAGCCUGAACCAGAACCUGUACCAGUGGCAGUAGCUGCUGCACCUCAGAUACCGGUACGUGUUCUAUUGGAAAAAGAAAUGGAAGGACAAUCAACACCAGUAGCUGCAUCAUUUACUGGUAGUGAUGUGGGCACAGCAGAGAAUACACCUACAGUAGCAGAUCAAGAUCCAGAUAGUGCGGAAGAACAAGUUCCAGAGAAGAAGGAGUAUGUUUAUAAAACUAAAGAGGAAGCCAAGAAAGCAUUCAAGGAUUUACUCCAUGAAAAGGAAGUACCUUCUAAUGCCACGUGGGAACAAGCCAUGAAGAUGAUUGUUAUGGAUCCACGAUACACAGCUCUCACAAAGCUGAAUGAAAAAAAACAGUUAUUUAAUAAUUAUAAGACCCAGAAAGCCAAAGAAGAAAAG